GUUAAAAAUACUGCAUGCAUGGUCUUCUUCUUUCUUUUGUGUUUCUGCAAUAUUUUGCUAUAAAUUUAUUUUAAAAGAAAAACAUUAUUCAAAAUAAUGUUAUUAUUAUUUUAAAUUCUUCUAUUCUUAAAAAACAAUGGUUGUCGCGAUUGGAUUUGAAGGCAGUGCCAAUAAACUUGGUGUAGGAAUUGUGAAAGAUGGGGUUGUGUUGUCUAACCCACGUCAUACAUACAUCACCCCACCAGGACAAGGAUUUUUACCAAAGAACACAGCGCAACAUCACAGGGAGCAUGCUCUUGAAGUUCUGCAAAAAGCUUUAGAUGAAGCGAAGAUCUCUCCAAAGGAUAUAGAUGUUGUUUGUUACACAAAAGGUCCAGGAAUGGGUGCACCAUUGGUUUCCACUGCCAUUGUUGCUAGGACUGUCGCACAGUUGUGGGGUAAACCCAUGAUUGCAGUCAACCAUUGUAUUGGACACAUAGAAAUGGGGCGUCUGGUUACAGGGGCUGAAAAUCCUAUCGUACUAUAUGUCAGUGGAGGAAAUACUCAGGUGAUAGCCUAUUCCCAGAGAAGAUAUCGAAUAUUUGGAGAGACGAUAGAUAUUGCAGUGGGAAAUUGUCUUGAUAGAUUUGCCAGAGUUUUAAAAUUGUCUAACGAUCCAAGUCCUGGAUACAAUAUUGAACAACUGGCCAAAAAGGGUAAUAAGUUUUUGGAACUACCUUAUGUUGUGAAGGGAAUGGAUGUAUCUUUCUCGGGUUUACUCUCAUUUAUAGAGGAAAAAGCACCACAGCUUCUUCAGAAGGGUGAAUACACACCAGAAGAUCUCUGCUUCUCCCUCCAAGAGACCGUGUUUGCCAUGUUGAUAGAAAUCACAGAGCGUGCCAUGGCUCACUGUGGAUCUCAAGAAGUUCUCAUUGUUGGAGGCGUUGGCUGUAAUAAACGACUACAGGAGAUGAUGGAAACAAUGGCCAAGGAGAGAGGGGCCAAGCUGUAUGCUACAGAUGAAAGGUUCUGUAUUGAUAACGGAGCCAUGAUUGCUCAAGCAGGCUGGGAAAUGUUCCGUUCAGGGCAGACAACUCCGCUCAAAGAUACGACCUGCACACAAAGAUUUCGUACAGAUGAAGUAGACAUUACAUGGCGAAGCUAGCUAAAAAAUUUGUGAUGGGUAAUAACUUAACAGAAAUCAUUUCUUGAACCACUCCAAAUUGGAUUAUCCAUGUAUCUGGCAGCAUACAUAUAUGUGUAACAUAUUUAGGAACCAAAUCCAUUGGACUUGCAAAAAUAGUGACACACAGAAAAAGACACUCCAGAUUCUGAUAUGAAGAGCAUGCAUGUGUAUUGUCCAAUAUCUGGUUGAUAUCUUUCUGUUACUUGUGUACAAAAACAGAAAAAAAGUCAAGAAGUAGGAUACUUGAAAAUGGGGGACAUGUCAUACAAAUGUUUAUGUCUGAAGCAGACAUAUAUCUUGUUUUUUUGUGUAUUCUGAGAUGAAUAUUUGAAUAAACCUAACAAU